CAAAGAGCAUGACCGAGCGCGGGUUGAGUCGGGCCGAGGUGCAGCUGGUGCUGCGGACGGCGCUGAAAAAAGACGCCGUCCGCGUGUUGGACUUCAAAGAAGAGGGCGUCGGCGCCAAUGUGGGCUUCAUGGGGGAGCACAACACCCUCACCGUGCACUACUCGGAGCAGGAAAGCGAAAAUUCAGAAAUUUCGUUUUUCCUGAAACGACUUCCGGCGGGCGAGCGUUUCCGGACGUUCGUCCUCGAGCACGGACUUUUCGCCAAGGAAAAGGAAAUGUACGAGAAACUGGUGCCGCUGAUGGAGAGGAGUCUGCGGCGGAAGAUGCCGGUGGCCGAUUGUUACCUGGUGCGAGACGACAGCGGCUACGUGAUUCUGCAGGACUUGCAGAGAAUGGGCUAUAAAUUGUGGGACAAGUACGCGUUGCUGGGCCGGCGACAGGUGGAGGCGGCCGUGAGGGCGGUCGCCGCGCUGCACGCCGGCUCGCUGGCCGCCGAAGCCACCAGCGGCAAACUGAUGCCCCGCAUCGCCGACCAUUGCCUCAAAGAGGCCCUAAUUGCCGAUAACACGUCCGAUAACGUCGUCUCGCGGCAGUGGCACUUCUCAACCUGGAAAACGUGCUGCUCGCUGCUCGGCAAAAUGCACAACUUGAAAGUGGACGAAGAGAAAAUGCACGUCGCGUGGGAGGAAGCAGCCUGCGUCGCCGCCGGCUUCUCCGCCAAGUACCGAAAUGUGCUGUCGCACGGUGACCUCUGGGUCAACAACGUCCUCUUCAACGACCACGCUGACGGCGUCGACGCAGUUCUGGUCGAUUUUCAAGUUUAUCGAUACGCGCCGCCCGCACUUGAUUUGCUCACGUUGCUGCACCUCACAACUUCCAGGGACUUCCGAGCACAACACCAGGAUGAUUUGAUCGAAUUUUACAUUCGUCAAGUUGAUGAUUUUUUAAAGGCGGCCGGACUGGAUAGAAAAACUCUUCUGCCAGAUUUCGCUGCACAGACGCACCAAAGCUUCGAAGAGUUUGAAAUUUUUGGAGCCGUGAUGGCAGCAAGAUAUAUACCGAUUUGUUUGAAGCAAGGGUUGAUUGAUCCGUCGCAAGCGCCGAGCUUCACCUCAAAUGAAAAAUAUGCAACCAAAGAGUUUGCCGUGGACCAAUCUGACGCACUGAUCGCCGCUUUCGGCCGCGGCCCCAUUGGAAGGGUCUUUGAAGAGCGCGUGUUGGACACAUUAAAUUGUCUUGUUGAUGCUCUCAAAAUUAAAUUAAAUGAAAGGCGGAAUAUUUAAAAAAAAAAAAAUAAAUAAAUAAACAUGUCUUUGCUUCAAUUCACUUUUUUAUGUGUGAUUGUUUUUUAAAUAAA